AGAAAAUAGUUCCGUCGCUAUAUUACACUUUGUGAUCGCCCGGAAAGUAGAAUAUCGCUAGGAGUCUAUCUGUAGUGGUGUUUGAAUAGCUAGUGUAUUGGUACCUUAAUCAGUACGAACUACUUCUUAUCCUUAUACACAUACUUACAUACACAUCCUGUCCGGUUAGGUUAUAGUCACUAUGCCCGCAGUCGUAAAUAAGUCGUCAGGUAAGAAAAGUAAGAACAGUGGCAAGACGACGAAGAAUGCCACUUCCACAGACACGCCCGUAGAAGUGCAGACUACAGAAGCAUCCGAUAAAAAGAGCAGCAAGAAGAAAAGUAAAAAGGCAGCUAGUACAUCACAGGACACACAGGAUGCAGCUAAAUUCGUUUCUAAGCGACCGAAUGAGGAUGUGAAGGUCAGCAAGAAGACCAAGAAAUCUAAGGUGGAGGUGGCUUCACAAAGCGAUAGUGACGAUGAGACAGGGACGACAGAGGUUGUAGUCAAGAAUGAUUUGAAGCUCAAAGAAGACAAACCUGCAGAUCUCGAUGAUGAGGACAUGGAGGUAGGUGAGAGCAAGCAGGAAGCCAAAUCAGAAAGUGAUCUGAAGAAAGAACAAGAGGAGCAGGCAAGUGCUGAGGUGGCCCUACCCUCAGAAACCGAACAUAUCGAUUCGCGUUUCGAGUCUUUGGGUCUGUGUGAGAAGUCCAUGCAAGCUAUUGUUGACAUGGGGUUCACAGAUAUGACCGAGAUUCAGCGCAGAAGUAUUCCAGAGUUGUUGAAGGGCAAGGAUUUACUGGGUGCUGCAUGUACCGGGUCAGGUAAGACCCUGGCAUUUUUGUUGCCGUGCAUUGAGCUGCUAUACAAGCUCCAAUUCACCCCCAGAAACGGUACUGGCGUGCUGGUGAUCUCACCUACACGUGAGUUGUCUCUACAGAUCUUGGGUGUGGCCAAGGAUCUGCUCAAGUAUCAUUCACAGACAUACGGUAUUGUUAUGGGAGGUGCUAACCGCAAGGCUGAGGCCGAGAAGUUGGGCAAGGGGGUCAACCUGUUAGUGUCCACACCCGGACGUCUCUUGGAUCACUUGCAGAGCACCAAAGGGUUUAACUACAAGAACUUGCAGGCCCUGGUUAUCGAUGAGGCUGAUAGGUGUUUGGAGAUUGGGUUCGAAGAGGAGAUGAAACAGAUCAUCAAACUGUUGCCUGUGAAACGUCAGACACUUCUGUUCUCAGCCACACAGACGCGUAAUGUAGAAGAUCUUGCACGCAUAUCGCUCAAGACGGAGCCUGUGUAUGUGGGUGUGGAUGACAACAAUGUGGUCGCCACCGCGGCAGGCAUUGAACAAGGGUACGUACUGUGCCCCAGUGAGAAACGGUUUUUGUUGCUGUUCACCUUCCUCAAGAAGAAUAUGAACAAGAAGAUCAUUGUGUUCUUAUCGUCGUGCAACUCGGUGAAGUACCACGCUGAGCUGCUCAACUACAUUGACAUACCCGUCAUGGACAUCCAUGGCCGACAGAAACAGGCCAAGCGUACCUCUACCUUCUAUGAGUUCUGUAAUGCAGACAAAGGUAUCCUACUAGCCACCGAUGUCGCUGCCCGAGGGUUGGAUAUCCCCGCAGUUGAUUGGAUCAUCCAGUUCGACCCAAGUGACGACCCCAAGGAGUACAUCCACAGAGUUGGGCGUACGGCUCGUGGUAAGGGAAAGCAAGGCAGAGCACUGCUGUUCUUGUUACCCGAGGAAAUGGGUUUCCUGCGCUUCUUGAAACACGCCAAGAUCCCCUGCAACGAGUUUAUUUUCCCGUCGAAUAAGAUUGCCAAUGUGCAGUCUCAGUUGGAGAAGCUGGUCGAGAAGAACUACUACCUGCAUAAGAGUGCCAAGGAUGCCUACCGGUCGUACCUGCAAUCCUACGCGUCACAUUCGCACAAACAGAUUUUCAAUGUGCAAGGUUUGGACCUGCAAAAGGUAGCGAUUGCCUUCGGUUUCCGUGUGCCUCCGAGUGUGAGCUUGAAUGUGCACGCCUCGAAAGAUGCUAAGAUGAGCCGAAGAGUGGGCAACCACGGUGGCUGGGGUAAAGAUAAGAAACAGGCUGAUAAGGCCAGAGUGUACAAGAAUAUGGGCACCGGGGGUAACAAGGAUGCUCGCCAGUUCUCCAAGUAGGGUACAUGUAUUUAUGAAUGUAUAUAGGUGAGCAUGGGAGCGGGAAGAAAGGUGUCGGUUGGUAGAAUGGAAAGACUUGUCCCGUCGAGUUGGGGACAUGCCAUAACGACGCUAAAUUAGUUAGAAAAGACACCUACUGAAGUGAGAGUAAGGAACUAUGAGUUUGCGUCGGAACUCGAUAUGGAUUCUGAUGUUGUUGGGUAUCGAUCUCGCAUCGCCUAUCGAUGAUGAUACGAUGUGAAGGUUCUCGGAAUUAAGCAACACGUAGUGGUUGUCUGGGCGCAGAAUGAGUCUGCAUCUGGUGGUCCCUGCUUCUCAAAUGUAGGACAGUUUGAACGAGUGAAACUAAAAAUACAAUAUAUUAAUAUCGCAUGAACGCUUUGCUUGGUCUUACUAGGUUUUCAGCUCGGGUUGCCUCUAUAGUCGCUUAUGGAUCUACAGCAUGACUCGUGAAGACACGCCGUGACAGUCUAUCUAUAUUUACGAUUUGAUACAUGCCUGUAUUUGUCACCGAUUCAUUAACUGGCUGACCUGAGACCAAUAAAUUUAUCAAAUUGUGUG